GAAAAAUGACGUUGGCUUGCGCACUGCUCAUGCGCUUAUGAUCUCCGCUAAUUAUGGAUGGAUGGACUCGGUUGUCAAAAUUUCUAGGUAAAGUGUUGAAAACGAGACGCCAGUGCUGAGUUUCCAAGGGACGAGGACGUUGGGGAGGCCAACAUCAGUAAUCCAGUCGACAUGAAGGGGCAUCAGAAAACCCUGGAAGAUGAUGAUGAGGAUGUUCCUGUCAUCGAAGAGGGUGCUGUUGCAACAGCGGAUGAUCCAAGCGCCAUCACCACCAUCCAAUCAGCCGCAACCUUCUCCUCGGACCAGCCAAUCAAAUACCUGUUCAAAACGGAGGGAGCCGGAGGGCAGGUGACCUACCGGGUGAUCCAGGUGUCAGACGGACAGAUGGAGGGACAGACGGAUGGAGCCUCUGCUGUGAGCGUGGUCACGGGCUUCCCUGCCACCUCUCAGGCGGUGACACAGGCUGUGUUCUCCCAGUCGGACGGCCUGGAGGGGGAAGGAUCGGAGACUCACUAUUACUACCCCGCUACCAUCACUGACGCUACGCAGGCUGCCAUGGUGACCAACGUCCAGGCUGCCGACUCCAUGCUCACUCAGAACGCGCCCGCCGGUCAGCUGUACGUGAUGAUGUCACCCCAGGAAGUUCUGACCGGAGCAAACCAGAGCAAGUCAGAGACGCCCCGCACUUCAAGAGACGACAAAAGACGAGCCCAACACAAUGAAGUGGAACGUAGACGCAGAGAUAAGAUCAAUAACUGGAUCGUCCAGCUGUCUAAAACCAUCCCAGACUGCACCCUGGACCCCACCAAGAACGGACAGAGCAAAGGGGGAAUCCUGUCCAAGGCGUGUGACUACAUCCAGGAGUUGCGUCAGGGCAACGCCCGGCUGGGGGAUGAACUGGAAGCCCUGGACAGACUGAGGAUGGACAACCAGCUACUGAGACAAGAGGUUGAUGAGUGGAAAACAAAGAACCAGAUGCUUCGGACCCAGUUGCGCCAGCAUGGCAUCGCGGGGGCAAGCGUGGAACCACAGUGAGCACAGCCCCGGGGUUAGGAGGACAGGGGGACCCAUUUCAGUGCGACACUGGAUGAAAAGCAGUUGGAUCCAGAUAGCUGAUUCAAACAAAUGUGAACUGUUGCUACCCUCAGAACUAUGUCAUUGUUGUUUUUACUCCACGCAUCUUUAUGGACACUUCCCCCAAACUCAUGAACAUUUUACACUAAGUGGAGACUGUAACAUAACAGGAGUGAUAUGUUUUACUUAUCGCUUUUUAUUUUCAGUGUAUCAAACCACUCGCAGCCUUUUUUUCACAGACAAGGAUUGAAGUUGAAGCUUUUUAUGUUUCUGGAGAGGUGAAGCUCGGAUGACGAGGAAUCCGAGGCUAUGUCUCAGAAGUUCAUGAUAAAUGAAAGUUGCAAGAUCAUCGUUAACUAUCAUGGUUUAUUUCCAUUUAGAUUCAGUAGGAUACAUCUCCUGUUACAGAAGCAUGAAAACAUAUUACUUCCCAACAUCGGCUUUCAUUUCUUUUGUGUUUGUGAAAGUUUUAUUGCCGUUUUGCUAUUAAAUGCAUUUGAAAUACA